UUAAUCGCAAUUUGAACUCUGGCCUCCGCUCGCCUGUCCUUCCAUUUCGUUCUCCUGCUUUACGGAGCUCGGCUGCCCCUAAUUUUAUAUGGCUUCCGCUCCUCUACCGGGAUCUGGAGCUGUCUUCCGGGGUUACAACUUCGCUAACACGUGGGAACAGAAUGCCCCUUUGACGGAGGAGCAGAAGGCUGCGAUAACAGCAUUGUCCCAUGCUGUGGCUGAGCGCCCCUUUCCUCCCAACUUGGCCCAAGAGAAAAACUUGGGGAAGGAUCCAAGCGCAGUUGCUUCACCAGAUGAUUCUGUGAAAGAAGCUGGGAUAAAUGUAGUUCUGGUCAAUACUCAUCAGUUCUACAAAUGGUUUACAGAUUUGGAGUCCUCUAUGAAGUCAGAGACGGAGGAGAAAUAUCGUCUCUAUGUCAACACAUUAACGGAACACAUUCAGAUAUGUGACGGAAUACUUGAACAAGUGGAUGAGACCCUUAAUUUAUUUAAUGAACUACAGACGCUUCAACAAUCUGUUGCCACGAAAACAAAGACAUUGCAUGAUGCAUGCGAUCGGUUGCUUCUAGAAAAGCAACGCUUGAUAGAUUUUGCUGAAGCUCUUCGAAGUAAGCUGGUCUAUUUUGAUGAAUUGGAGAACGCUUCUUCCAGUUUCUAUUCUCCGAACAUGAGUAUUGGGAAUGGGCAAUUUCUUCCUUUGCUGAAACGGCUUGAUGACUGCAUCUCGUAUGUUGAGAGUAAUCCACAAUAUGCAGAAUCGGCAGUGUACCUAGUGAAGUUUCGACAGCUUCAGUCUCGUGCAUUAGGUAUGAUACGAUCUCAUGUCCUUUCAAUUCUCAAAACUGCCGAUGUUCAGGUACAAGCUGCAAUUCGAGGCGGUGGUUCAAAUAAAGCAUCUUUAGCAGAAGGUGUUGAAGAAUCGGUUAUUUAUGUACGUUUUAAAGCAGCAGCUGGCGAGCUCAAACCUAUUUUAGAGGAAAUCGAAAGCAGGUCUUCGAGGAAAGAGUAUGCUCAGAUUUUAAUAGAAUGCCACAGUAUGUAUUGUGAGCAGAGACUAUCCUUGGUAAAAAGUAUAGUGCAGCAGAGGAUAUCUGAAUUUGCUAAGAAGGAGGCCUUGCCAUCAUUGACUAGAUCUGGAUGUGCAUAUUUAAUGCAGGUUUGCCAGCUGGAACACCAACUGUUUGACCAUUUCUUUCCUUCCUCUUCAACAGAUGUCUCCAAUAUGGCUCCACUAAUAGAUCCGCUGUGCACAUAUUUGUAUGAUACUCUUCGCCCCAAAGUGAUAUAUCAAGCAAAUCUUGAUUCUCUUUGUGAGCUUGUUGACAUCCUAAAAGUUGAAGUGCUAGGAGAUCAACUUAAUAGACGGGGCGAAUCCCUUGCAGGUCUACGUCCUAUGCUUCAAAGAAUACUUGCUGAUAUUCAUGAAAGGUUGACAUUUUGUGCACGAACUUAUAUCCGUGACAAGAUUGCAAAUUACCGUCCUUCUGAUGAAGAUCUUGAUUACCCUGCAAGAAUGGAACAACAUGCUGCAAAUACAUCAGAUAACACGGUUGAUGACAACUCAAACAUUAUUGGAACAUGGUACCCACCUUUGGAGAGAACAGUAUCAUGCCUGUCGAAGUUGUACCAUUGCCUAGAACCCGCUAUUUUUACUGGUUUAGCACAGGAAGCGGUAGAAUUUUGUUCAAUUUCCAUACAAAAUGGCAGUAAAAUCAUAACAAAAAAAUCUUCUCCCAUGGAUGGGCGGCUUUUUCUUAUCAAGCACCUCCUUAUUUUAAGGGAACAGAUUGCGCCCUUUGACAUUGAGUUUUCUGUUACUCACAAGGAGUUGGAUUUCUCUCAUUUGCUGGAACAUUUAAGAAGGAUUCUAAGAGGUCAAGCAUCUCUGUUUGACUGGUCAAGAUCAACUUCCUUUGCUUUAAACUUAACUCCUCGGAUUCUUGAGAGUCAGAUUGAUGCUAAGAAGGAGUUAGAGAAAAGCCUCAAAACUACGUGCGAGGAUUUCAUAAUGUCCGUCACGAAGCUAAUUGUUGACCCCAUGCUUUCAUUUGUUACAAAGGUGUCAGCAGUGAAAGCUGUGCUGUCUGCAGGUGCUCAGGAUAAAAAAGAAAAUUCAGUGUUAGCAAAACCACUGCGUUCUCACGCAUUUGCUACUCCGGACAGGAUAGUUGAACUAAUUCAAAAGGUUAGUGAGAAUCUUGAGCAAGAAUUACCCAAAGUUAUAGCAAAAAUGAAGCUCUAUCUGCAGAAUCCAUCUACAAGGAUGAUUUUAUUUAAACCAAUCAAAACAAAUAUUGUGGAAGCUCAUGUUCAGUUACAGUCACUGAUCAAGUCUGAAUACUCGCAUGAAGAAACGCAGAAUUUUGGCAUGAUUUCCAUUCAGCAUCUUCAGUCUCAGAUUGACGAUCUUCUGCAGGCCCCAAAUGCUUUUUGCCCUCAGAAAUAAAUUUUAUUGCAGCCUGAUAUGGCAUUUUUGAAGGCAUCAUGUGUGAAUGAGCGAAACAGUUGGUGCGAAUUAUUAGAUUUUUAGAAUUAAAAAUGGCAGAAGAGCUCGUUAUUAUGCUUGUUGAUGUUAUUGGUGCUCAAGCUCACCUGCCAUGAGAUGUUGGCUUGUUUUGGAAAUCUUAUCUGGAUGCUUGUAGAUGGAAGAAUACAUUUACAAAUUUAACAAUUUUUACCAUGUAAGACUAUUUCUUUAGAGGGAAUUUUGAGGAAGUUGGUGAAAUUAAAUUUGUUAUAGUACCGUCGUUAUAAGAAAGCUGUUAUUUGAUUUAUUUUAGUGCCCUAUU